UAGACACUAUCGUCUAUCGUCAGGAAAAUGGCGUCUGCACUUUACCGUGCCCUUGUAAAUACUGGAGAAAAAUUUGUUCCUGCGAAAUUACGGCCGCUAUGGGAGCACCCAGCAGGCCCCAAGACCAUCUUUUUCUGGGCGCCCGCCUUUAAAUGGGCCCUGGUGAUAGCCGGUAUAGGUGAUUUGGCACGGCCAGCUGAGAAACUAAGCGCAUCCCAAUCUACAGCUCUUGCAGCCACUGGUGUCAUCUGGUCUCGGUACUCCAUGGUGAUCAUCCCAAAAAAUUACAACCUGUUCAGCGUCAACGUGUUCGUAGGUGCUACUGGGAUAUACCAGUUACUCAGGAUAUACUGGCAUAGACAGUCACUCAAAGAUGCCAACAGCGGUUAACUGUCCUUGCAAUCCUAGAUUGAAUCCCUAUGUAGGAAGAAUACUGCCCCAAUUUCUGUUAUAAUGCCCAAUAGAAAAGGCUGCGACACGUCUUUCUACGCAAUUUAAAAAAAAUAAUCAUUUUGAGUACAGAAAAUAGUUAUCUACGUCUUUGGUAUCGUAUGACAGUCAGAUGCUACAAGAAAAUAUCUUUGGAUGUGUGAAGUAAAUAAAAUAAGCAAUCUUUGGAAUAAACUGUGCAUGUGUUCUUGUA